AUGGCUUCCUCCAGGCAAUACCAAAUACCGCACACCCCGCGCGUCAUUUCACCAUUACCGACUCCUUCAGAGGCUGGUAGUGGGAAAGACGGUUACUUUGGCCCUGUGACGCGUGCUUCGGCGCGCAAGAACAGGGUGCAGUCGCCCCUACCUGUCGAAGAGGACUCGUCAGGCUCAGAUCCAGAGAAGCGCGCACGAACUAAAAGUCGCGAUCCCACACUCGAGGGAGGCAUGGGGAGAAGGAGAACCAGUGGCCUGACGUCCAGAAGGCAGCAGAACGGAGGUCUGGAGAAAGACCUUGCUCUGCCAAAUGGCACAAGCAACGGGCAUUUGUCUCCAGCAGCUGCGAACAAGAACUACUGGAGAGAGAUGAGCCGAAGUCCUAGUCCACUGGGCCUGAUACCUAUCCAUCAAGAAUGGCGCUCUUUCAUCCACCGCCACGAAAUACCUCGCAAAAUCCUUCACGUCUCCAUCGGCUUCGUCACAAUCUUCCUUUACUGCACCGGCCGCCAACUGUCGCAGAUUCACCCCGUUCUGCUCACUUUGUUGAUCCCUAUCACCCUCACCGACGUCAUUCGACACCGCUACUGGCAGGUCAAUCGCUUCUACAUUCGGUGCCUCGGCGCUCUGAUGCGCGAAUCUGAAGUGGAUGGCUACAAUGGCGUUAUCUCAUACCUGCUCGGCGCGUGGAUUGUCAUGCGCUUCUGCCCCAAGGAUGUGGGUGUCAUGAGCAUUUUGCUGCUCAGCUGGUGCGACACUGCAGCAUCGACCUUCGGCCGUCUCUGGGGACACUUGACGCCCAAGGUCAGAAAAGGCAAGAGUCUUGCUGGCACCAUUGCGGCAUGUGUGACAGGCAUCAUCACAGCUGUCUUAUGGUGGGGUUGGCUAGGACCGCUUUACUCAGAGCUUAACCAGGGCGAAAACGCAUUCGCCUUCCAAGGCGUUCUCGCGCUGCCAACUCAAAUCCAGGAGUCACUGGGAUUGCCUGCUGCUCAGAGCUCCAUUACCGGUCACGCAGCCCUCGGUGUCAUGUCGUUGGUGACUGGCAUUGUCGCAAGCGGCAGCGAGGCGCUGGAUUUGUUUGGUUGGGAUGACAACCUUACAAUUCCCGUCCUUUGUGGAGCUGGGCUGUGGGGUUUCCUCCGCAUUUUCGGCUGA